AUGGGUCUAGCAUCUUUCUUUGCCUUCUUUCGCGGGGACGCGAAACCCAAACCCAACAACACCUCUUCUCCACGACGCCAGAAUGCAGUCCCUAGGAAGGGCUGGGCCGACUAUGGACGCUCUCAGGAUACCAGUACAACAACGACCGCCUUGCCGGCUGCACCCAAGAAUACCUUCGCCCCAGAUGCUAGGCAUAAUGAUAGGAGCGAGAGGAGUGAGAGGAGGAAGAGUCGAACACCUACCGUACCGCGACCUACGUCUAAGAAGAGCAAUCGUCGCAGCUGGUUUGGCGGUAGGCCAGGUCGCGAAGACGAUGUACCAGCCGUGCCAAGGCUGGUCAAACACACCACAACCACAGAGGACAGCGUCAGGCCAGGCACAGCGAUCACUACCGACACUAUCGAGACGCAAGGUAGACGCCAUUCGAUUGCGCGAAGCCUCAGUCGGAAGAAGUCGUGGUUCAAAUCACAAGAGCCUCAGGUCACAGUCGAGGCACUACCGCCAAUGCCUGUGACCAUCAACCAGCCAACCAAAGCAGCCACAUCUACUCUACCGGCCGACCAAAGGCGUAGACGUAACUCGGUCAAGACCAUCGAGAGGAGAGGAAGUACGGCCAGCACGGUCAGACCGAAGGUGAAGAAGCGAAGCUCAUUCUGGGCGAGCUCGAAUCCAGACGAUUCGGACUCAGACGUGCCACCAGUACCAGCAUUGAUCCGCGACGGCACGCCAGAUUCCAACAGCAACGCCUCAUCCGACGACAAUCAACCAGCUCGACGAACCGCCAGAGGGGAUGGCAUCAAACAGCCUCGCCCCCUGAGCACCGUCAGCACCUCCUCGAGGAAAUCAUACACCCCCAAAUCCGCCGCAAAGGGCUUCCUCAAAUCGACCAACGGCGCCUCGGAGGAACAACGCAAGAGCUUCCGACAGUCGUUCCACCUGGAAGAUGAGUCCGACCUCGUGUGUCUGACGGAGGAGCAGCGCAUCGAGUGGGCGAAGCUCAUGAACAACCAGAGCAAGUUCGAGGAGCGACCUGCGACGGAGGUACCGCAGACGAAGGUGAAGAAGAACAAUGUGCGGUAUUCGAACGCUCAGGCACUGGCGGCUCUUGAGUUUAAUGUUCGAUAG